GGUACUCUAGCUAAAACCCAGGCCUGGUUCGCGUACACUUCACAUCUGUCGUCUCCGCCGUGCUGGAUCAUGUUGUAUGAGUGUUACGGAGUCUCUCUUCUUCUAUUUAGUCUUGCACGAGCAUCUUCACUUGGAGUCUCUUCUCUGAAAGAGCCAGCAGAACGGGAAGCAAUGAAGGAGCUUGAUGCCAAUUUGCCUUGUUCAAAGAACUACUGCAUCACAAGCUGUGGUGGUUCCGGACUAGAGGACUUUCAGUUGCAAAUGACAGGAUUUCCUUUUCUUCCAAACUCCAGAAAAACAAUUUUUAAUAUAACAUUUAUUCCAAGCAAGAUCAUCACUUACCUAGUUGUAACUGGCAAUUUUUCUAUAAAAUCUGCCAAGUAUCCUGACAUGGCGCCUGUCACUCUCUUCAAAACUCUAAACGGAUGUAGCGAUAGUCCAACUUCACAACUGCAGUGUCCGUUGAUUGCAGGAAAAAAAGUGGACAUUAGUCAAACAUACAAUCUAGGAGGUCCUUUUGAUUUCGCAUUUGAGAUUGGCGUGCAGCUGACUUUUGUUUUAAAGGCUUUUGAUCAGAAUGAAGACCUCCUUAUUUGCGGGAAAGGAGAACCAGUGUAGAACUCUAGUCAACACUGCAGAACUCUGUAAGGUUGAACGACAUGAAGAAAACAGUAGUGACACUAAUAGUGAUAUCUGUAGUUGUACUGCUAGCAGCAAAACUAUUAAAAUCAUUGAAAAUCUAGUUGUAGAUCUCUAGACCGCAUUGAGGUAUGUAUAAGACUGAGUAUGUUAAAGGUAACUGACAUGAAAAUAAAAAAAAAUUAUUUUAUUGCA